AUGGGAGCGCAGCGGGGCGGAGAGCCGCGGCGGAGUGUACUCCAGCUGAAGAGCCUGCCAGCCAGCAGCAGACGCGUCUCCCGCUCAGUCUCCCCCUCCUCGGCAUCCUUCUGGUUAAUGGAUUACACAGUGUCUCUGCAAGUGCAACAUCAGCUGGCGGUGUUCCCGACGCACUUCUACCAGGGCUACAGUGUGGAGUUACAGAUGAAGUCAACAGAGGUGGACCAAGGGCUUUUCACAGACAGCUACUGCAAAGUGUGCAGCGCUCAGCUCAUCUCCGAGUCCCAGAGGGUCGCCCAUUAUGAGAGUCGGAAACACGCCAACAAAGUGCGGCUGUAUUACAUGCUACAUCCUGUGGAUGGAGGCUGCCCUGCCAAGAAGCUCAGAACAGACAAUGGCGGCGACGAGAGCGACGUGGACAAGAAUAAAUGCUGCACGCUGUGCAACAUGUCCUUCACCUCGGCUGUGGUGGCACAGUCACACUACCAGGGUAAAAUCCACGCCAAGAGGCUAAAACUGCUCCUGGGAGAGCAGCCUGCCAUCACAACCAAAGAGGCAUCCCCCAGCCCCGUAAAGAGCUCCCCGGAAACGUCCCCCAUGACGUCCCCGCGACAGCGCCGCGACUCGGACCGCUACUGCCAGCUAUGCAACGCCUGGUUCAACAACCCCGGCAUGGCUCAGCAGCACUACGACGGGAAGAAGCACAAGAAGAACGCCGCCAGGGCCGAUCUGCUGGAGCAGCUGGGGAAGACCCUGGACAUGGGAGAGAUGAAAGGUCUGAAGAGGAGCUACACCUGUGAAAUCUGCAGCGUCACACUUAACUCGGUGGCACAGUACCAUGCACAUCUGCAGGGCUCAAAGCACCAAAACAAUCUGAAGAAUCAGAUAUGUGUCCAGUGAGCGUGGGACGCCCAA